GUACACAAGCCGUUAAGUUAAGUAAUGAGCUGCUCCGCUUGUCCGUGGGCAUGGACGGCCUGAGGCCACUCACGGCACACUCUCACUCACACACACAGACAUGUCAAAACCAGAUUGACACAUAAUGGAUCGAUCCAAAAACUCAGAUAGCUCUCAUCAUGGAUGGCCUUAUCGAUAUCGAUACACACACAUCUCUCUGUCACACACAUGCACUACUCCCUGUAAACGCCACAGCCACAUCCACACCACAGCAUGCACGUGUGCGUGUACGUCACAUACAAGAUGCAUGAGCAUUACUAUCAUCAUGCCGUCUCGACCGUCACGCCCGGCUGCUCGGCCGCCUGCUUCUGGUCCUCCUCCUUGCUGCUGAAGACCUUGAGUGUGGUGAGCUUCACCUGGUCCGGCAGCUGUGGGUUGGCCUCCUCGAUGGCCUUGACCGAGCCAACUACCGUCACCGAACUGCGCGUGGCGUCGUGGAUGACCUUCUCUAGCCGGUCGGCAAGCUUGCCGAAGUCUUCAGGCGAUGUUGCUAACACCUGAUUGACACCCACACACACACAGCCAAACAGAUGUCCAUCUGUGUGUGUGGUGUGCGGUGUGUGGUGUGGGUGGCCAUUUCUCACCUCAUCUCUAUAUCGCUGUCGCUCCUCCUGUGUCUCGCCCUGCAGGUGCUGCAUCAUGGCCUGGCGGCCCUUCUGGUCCGGCUGCUUGGGCGCGUCCAGGCUGCGGAAUAUCCCCAGCACCGCACGAGUGAUGUCGUCCUUAUCGGGCGGAUUCUAGUGACACACACACAUAUAAGCACAAGGGAUGCAGGCAGCCUUGGCCAUUUGUGUGGGUCUUGGUUUGUUAGACUGUUACCUCGCGCAAGUGCUUGACGGCAUUAUCGUAGACCUCUAUCGACUUGAUGAGCUGCGGGUCCCUGUAGCUGGCGAACUGCACAAUGCCCGACUGCUGGCCGAGGCCCGCCAUGGCCCCAUACGCGCCAUUGAGCACCCGCACGUUGUCCCACAGGUAGCCGACAUCCAAAUGCUCCAUGACGACAGACGCCGCCCCCGGGACCCUCUCGCCCUCGUCAUACACCUUGCACAGCUUGGCCACGUAGUUGACCUGAGUCGGCACCUCGAUGCCCUCGCCACGCACAGGCAAGAGAGCCGACGACAUGGCCGUCGACCAGGGGUGCUUCUCACUACUGGACGAGUCGCCUGCGGUCGCUUGUGAGGGCGGGAGUGCGUCGAGGAAGGUGUCGAUGCUUGGCUGUGCGGCCGAGAGGAUGUUGUCGCCAGCCGUGAUGUCGAGCAGCAUACGGUCCCGCCGCAAGAGUGACUUGCGGAUCGACUCGAGACGCGCCUGCACCGACGGCCAGUCGCUCUCCACCUGCACUCGAACACCCACCGGAGACAGCCUCAUGCAGAAGGGCCAUCUUCUCAAACUCUCUCCCGCACUGACCUGCUUGAUAAGGUCCCUGACGAACUCCAGCUGCCCCAGCCCACCGGUCAUGUCGUUGAUGCGGCCGGCGAGGGUGUACUGCGCCGCUGCCCGCUGGAGCGCGUAUCUGUGUCCCGCGCCGAUGAUGCUCGACUCGAGCGCCGUCUUCCUCUCCUUGAGUAUCUCUGUGGCUCGCCUCUUGUUGUCGAGCCUGGCGUCGUAGAGGACGUCCUUCAUGAUGUCAAACAUGUCACCCACCUUGUCCGGCACGCUCUGACAAAUGGUUGGAUGGAACCAAGAGACAAUGUGUGUGAGUGUGCGUAAGUGUGUGUGUGCGAUGUCUGCCCACCUUGCCAGUGAUGAAUAGGUAGCUGAGGACGUCCAUGGGGUUGCCCACGACGCCAUCCGGCGCCCUCUUGCUGGUGAUGGUGCUCGACGCACCGACGCCCCCCGUCUUGCUCCCAAUCCGGCGGCUGAACCCCACCUCGUCAUAUUUGCUCGUGCCGCUCUCCGUGAGCAUGCGCGUGAAGAGGGGCAGGUAGGGGAUGUCCUCGACCGGCAUGUCGCGGAGAUCGAUGCCGAGGGUGGCGUAGAGGACGCCGCUGGUGGGCAGGGGGUGGCGCAGGAUCUUGACGUCCUUCUCCUGCGUGACGGUGGUUGGGAUGACCUCGGCUUUGCGCUCGAUGUCCUCCAGGUUCAUCUUGGGGAUGGCCGCCAACACCUCAGGAGAGUCCUCUGCUGCCUGAUCCAUGACGCAAACACCACACAGAUGCAGGUAGGUGCACACCAACGUGGGGGAGCGUCCAUCGAUGUGUGUGAGGUGCCCACCUGGAACUCUUUGAGUUCUUUGGUUUCCUUAAUGACCCUGUCCAUAUCUGCGUCAGUCAGUUUGUCCUUGAUGCGCUCCAGCCUCUGCUUCUCCUCCUCGAGCCACUUCUUCUCCAAACCCUCGUCGGGCGUCAUGUGCAGCGUCAUACGGUGGUUGUUGUCCAGCAGAUACCUGCACCAAACACACAUACCCACAACAAAAGGUGACUCUCGGCUCCUGCUGUGUUUCUGAGCAGCGAGCUUGCUGACUUUUUAAUGAGGUUUUGGAAGACCGGUUUGCCCUCUUUGAGGUCCGCCUUGAGCUGCGCCAAGGGCUUCUCAAACUUGACGGCAUCAGACGGAUCCUGACAGCCCGACACACGCACGCACAACGUGUCCGUGCCUCCAUCGGCGGCUGCGCGUUUGCGUGUGCGUGUGUGUUUGCACCGACCAGGUCGUAGACCCACUCCUCGAGCAUGGCCAGUGUGAGCGAGAGGCCCUUGGGGAAGCUGCCCGUGUUGAACUCGCGCAGCGCAAACUCCACCGAGUUGAGGGCCGCCUCGAUCGCGUCCGCAUCGAACCCCUUGUCCACACGCUCCUGCAGCGUACGCAGCACCAGAUCCUCUAUCUUCUUGUACGUCCCUGCACACACCACACGACACACAGAGGACGAUCCAUUGCGCGUGUCUGCACAGUAUCUCUCUCUCCCUCUUUCGUCCUGUGUGCGCAUGUACCUUCCUCAGAGAUGACGUCUUUGAGUCCGAUGGCGAACGUCCACUGCAGCAGCGAGCCCAUGACGCCCGAGCCGGCCAGCUGUGCGCCGUAGCCGCUCUCGAUGAGCGCCUUGUAGAGGUAGCUGCUGGGGGUGCCCAGCAGCAGCUCGUUCAUGAUGGUGAGCGAGAGCUUCUCGUAGGGCGUCAGCUCCUGGUCGUUGAGCAGCCAGUUGACCGUCACGAUGUCCUUGUUCUUGGUGUCACCGGGAGCGACAGGGAACGUCUCACGCACCAGCCACGGCUCUGACACACACACACACACACACACACACAUGUAGGGGCAUUUGUUGUGGGUUUCGCUUUCCUUUUCUCGCUGCCUGACUGACUGACCAUUUUUCUUUUUCUGCCAUGUGACGGCGGAGUCUACUGGGGCGGGUGGCGCGUCAAACUCAUCAAGGUAGGUGUGCAGGAAAUCCAGACGCUUCUUGAGGUCGUCAUUGCUGCAACACAACACAACACAAGACGCAUUCAACAGAGACACACACCACACACAAAGAUGUCUUCCUUCCCGUGUCCCGUGUGACCGACCCGUAGAUGAAUGUGCGUGAGUUUGCGGGGUGGUAGAAUCGCUGGUGGAACUCCUUGAACUGGUCGAAUGUCAGGUCAGUGAUCUCACGGGGGUCGCCGCCAGAGUCAACACGGUACGUGUUGUCGGGGAACAACUCCUGCGAUGCAGCGCAGCAGCAGCCACAAAGACAGACAGAGGGAAACACGUGUUCGUCUGGGUGGUCCGUGGGUGUGCCUGUGGUGGUGUAUGUGUGUGGUUGUCUGACCUGUUUGGUUCUUCUAAAAACGAGCGACUCCACCUGGGAGUAGACGCCCUUCAUCUCAUUGUACACCACACCUGAGCAACACCCAAACAAAGAAACAAACCCGUUCACAAAGCAUAGAUCACAUCCUCCCCCUACAAGGGCCCGCCGCGCACCGUUGAAUUUGAGGUCAUCUGAUUUGUUCUCUGCCUCCACGUGCCACCCCUCCUGCGCCAGCACCUUGGGGUCCGUCACAGCUCGGGGGAACAGCACCGCGUCCAGGUACACAUCCAUCAGGUUGUAGAAGUCCUUCUCGUUGGUCGAUGCCACGGGGUAGCAGGUGCGGUCGGGGUAGGUCAUGGCGUUGAUGAAGCAGCACAACGACCCCUUCCGCAACUGGUUGAACGUGUCCUUGGCCUGAAAUUUGCGCGACCCGCACAGCAGGCCGUGCUCCAGGAUGUGGGGCACGCCCUUGGAGUCGUCGGGGGGCGUCCUGAAGGAGAUGCCGAAGACCUUGACGGGGUCGUCAGCGGCCACCGACAGCACCUGCGCCCCCGUCUUCUUGUGCCGAUACAGAUAAGUGGUCGAGUUGUACUCGGUGACGUAGUCCGCCCGCACCAGGUCGUACUGCGGAUGCUCCACGGGCGUCACUGUGGUCGGUGCAGCGACCUCAGGGACGGCCACAGCAGACAUGCGCGCGAUGCGGUUGAGUGCAUAGGGCCGCAGACAGGAGCGCUCCUUGAUUGGCUGCAGGCUGGUGAGGGCGCGGGAUGCUGUGCCUGUGCCUCGGAGUGGGGAUGAGAAGCCUCGCCUCGCGAAGGUGUGUGAGAUUGCUGGGAAAGCCGUCAUGAUAGAUAUCGACAGCAUUGUGCUCACUGCUGGGUGCCGGCUGGAGGAGAGCAACAGAAACGGCAUGACGAGGUGUCGGAGAUGAG